AUAACGGCGUUGUGCAUCGACUAUCGACUGGUGCCAUCACUAGUGCCAGAAUGUGGCAAUUUGAAAACAAAAAGGCAACUGAAAUGAGAACGUCUUGCAAUGAAAUGCCCGACAAGGACGAGAGAUUCCGAAAAAAGUCAUUGUCGCGGCGUUCUCUGUACGCGAUAUCCUUGCACAACACUGGUCAGCGGCUGGACGACGGAGCAGCCGAUUGGCUUUCCCUUAAUCUUAAAGAAGACAUUACAAACCUGCUGAACGAGGCGGGAAAAUACAUGCGGCGCAUCCGGGAGCGCCUAUUGAACCUGUCCCACAUUCAGCAUGCUGUCCGAAUGGACGACAACCUGCGUCCUGACAUUUUUUUCAGGCUGGUCCAUUGUGACUAUUGCACAAGGCCUCUGGCCAAAAAUGUACCCAGAAUCAUCAACGAAGCUGUAACCAACGAAAAUGAGGAUAUACCUCUCGUUACCGGGCCGGAAUCCAUACCGCAGAUUUCUUUGAAUCCGUCUCCCGUCCACCACGGCUGGUUUAAGGUGGAGCGAGUGCUGCUAAGUUCCUAUAAGCACUAUCCCCUGACCAAGGAACAGCAGUCCUUCUUCGAGUUGGUUACCGAGGCCUGCGUGGGCACAUCUGAUUCCCGGCGCCAGCGGGCCCUCCAAACCCUCACCACUGAUCCCUCGAUAGAGGUGUUGCUGCCCAGGCUGACCAUGUUCAUCGCGGACGCAGUGGCUAUCAACGUGAAACAGCAGGACAUGACGAUGCUCCUUUACCUUAUGCGCAUGAUUAGAUCCCUGUUAGGAAACCAUCGCUUUAGCUUGUUGCAAUAUCUCCACCUGCUCCUGCCAGCCGUUCUAUCCUGCGUGCUGGCGAAACAAGUGUCCGCAUCUCCUGACGUGGAUGACCACUGGGCCUUAAGGGAGUACUCCGGAAAUAUAAUGGCCCAUAUAGGGCGCCAGUUCGACGCUGCCGACACUAGCAUCCUGCCCAGAGUCAUUGGGGUUUACAAAAAGGCGCUAUUGAUGAAGCCACUGACGACGGUGUUCGGAGCAGUCAUUGGCCUGGGAAAGUUGGGGAAUCACGUAGUACGUGCCUGCAUUGUGCCUCAAUUAAAGUAUCUAUCUGAACACACCGCGCCUUACAUGACCACCGACAAAGACAGACUGGCAGCAAAGUACAUUCGCCAUCGGGUGGUGAAGAUGUGCGCUCCCGUGCUUAUAAGUUUACAUCAACCACCUGAUCUGCCAGAACAGUACAUGGACACAUAUGGAUCUUUGGGCCUGCUGUUGAGCGAUUCCGUUAAAGUGAUGCGUAUGAAGAUACAAACAGUGGCUGACGCCAAGGCGGAGGCAGAAGUGGCGUUAAAAAAAAUGGCUGCAGAACAACAUUACACCAGAAUGGCAGGAGUUCGAUAUGUCAGCUCCAAUGGUCCUAUCUCUGGCAACCAGCUGCCCAGCAAUGGUGUUCCUCACACAAGCCAAACAUCCCAAUCUGGCUAUUCAAUUCAUCCUAUAAAUGUGAAUACCCAAACGCAAAAUUCGUGCAAUCCAAUGCUUCAGUACCAAAAGCAGGCCACUAAUUUGAAGCCUUCGGACUGCAUGGUUUCCCAAUCGAUGCAAUUCAGAAACGCUUUAAUUCCGCCCACUUCCCAGCGCUCCGUUUCGCAAUCAAGGAACGAAAUGCUUUUAAAGCCCAACAAUGUUUGUGUUCGUCCACCCGCCAUAAAUGGAUUUGGUCGUACGCAAUCCCAUAACGGCAGAAUGCCCAUUAAUUACUUAGUUUAAUAGC